AUGGAGUUUAUCGGCUUGCAAAUGAUGGUGACGCUUAGGCAGCCUCUGGGAACAAUGCUCAAGGGUACCGUAAGCGCCAUAGAGCCCGGCACCAGUCUCACGUUGAGCAACGUCUUUACCAUUGGGACGAAUCACUGGCUGCCCAGAGUCAUCAUCGAUGCCGCCAAUAUCCUCGAGCUUUCCGAAUCGAGGGAGGAGGUUGUGCCCAAUACCUUUACUGCCCCGGGCGUUAGUCCCGUUCCUGCACCCGUCAUCAACCAGCCGGCCUUUGCGGACCCUGCGAUCCUGAGUAUGGGAAAGCGGCCUGGCUCUGACAUGAGAAGCGGAAGCGAGAAGCAGUCCCUUCCGGAAGCUACGCCUCAACCCACUCUUGCGGAAACAAGGGAUCCACGGCCCGGACAGCCCGGGGUUCUGUCCAGCGUACACCUGACCGGAGGCCCAAGAGACGACGUAGUGAGUCUCAGCGAGACCCUGCAGGAAUUGGACGUGGAGGAGCCGACGCCUACCGCGAGGCGACAUGUGCCGGAGAGCAGCGCAGUGCCGCAGGUUGCUCACGAGGUUCACGAGGUUCAGAGUCAGUCUCAAAAGAGGAAGAAUAGGCGGCGAGAAAAGCAACGAGCUCCACGAAAUGGUGUGAUGGACGAGACCAUCCCGGAAAUUACUCCUAUGCGUGGCAACGCAGCUAACCGUGGGAAGGGCUGGAGACAAACGCCUAUGUUGCAAAGCUCGCCUUCCUUCCAGCCCUUCAACUCGCUUAAGCGCGGCAUCAAGGGGAAGAAGGAUCUGCCGGAAAACGGUUGGGCCUCUGAGGAUGUCACGGAGGAAAUGGCCGAGUUCGACUUUGAGAACAAUUUGGCCAAGUUCGAUAAGCGUACCAUCUUCGACCAGAUGCGUAAGGAGGAUCUGAUUGAUGAUGCGGAUCGCUUGGUGUCGCACAACCGCCGACCGAAGCCUGGGACUGCCGGAGGCAAGAACUUUCAUUAUUCGGAAAACGUCCUCGACAUACCAUCUGCAUCCUCGAAUGCGCACCAAGAUUUUUGGAACAGCGAGGCCGACGAUGCGGCCAAUGGGGUUGACCGACUGAGUGGCCGUGAUGUCCGGAGUGCUCAGAGUAGCCGCAGGGCUGAAAGCAAAUCGGGGCCGUCAAGGAGAUCGCAAUCACGGAAAGCGAGCGCGCAACUCCCCAGCCAGCCCCUGAAUCGCGUCAACUCCAACGUACGUCUGAAUAGACAGCCCCAAGCGUUGCUCCGUCCUCAAGAUAGCCCAAAAAAUAUUCUGGGUGCUAACCACAUGCAGCACGUCACGCAGUCGGGCUUCUAUCUUGUGCCGUCGAACAGACGCCUAGAGACCGUUUCGGCACUUCAGAUGCUCAACCUGGAGAACAUCGCGGCCAACGAGAUCGGGCUGACAGAAGACAUGAUGGCCGAGAAUGCGGGCCGGGGUAUCGCUGAGGUGACAUUACGGGCGCUCGAGGACCCUGCGAUACAAGUUCGAUUCGGUACUGGUGGCGCGAAUGCUCAGAACAACAGCCUGGCGACGUCGGCUACUGUUGUCAUUCUCGCCGGUAACAACAAGUCUGGAAUUCGAGCCAUCUCGGCGGCUCGUCACCUGCGGAACAAGGGCCUCAAUAUCCUUGUUUGCGUCGUCGGCGUUGAGCGGGAGCGCGAUCUGCUCGAAGAUAUGCGGCAGCAGAUCCGAGUUUUCAGGAACUUUGGAGGUCGCGUGCACAGCAAAAUUGAACUGUUUGAGCAACUCCGGAAGACGGCUUCGACCCCAGCAACGUCGGUAACCCUUAUCAUUGAUGCUCUUCUGGGCUUGGCGAUAUCGUUUGAAGAGCUGCGUACUGGCGAUCAAGCUACCGUCUACGAGUUGAUAGAGUGGGCCAACCGAAACGAGGCCUUUGUUCUCGCAGUUGAUGUACCAACUGGCAUCGAUCCGUCGACAGGCAAGGUCAGCAUCAUUGAUGGCGGUCGUCUCUACGUCAAACCUCGUUACGUAGUGGCGAUGGGUGCGCCAAAGAAGGGUUUGCUUGAAGCGAUGGCUCCAGUCUCGGACUCCGACCCAACCGGAACCGAAACCGCCGUCGCCGAGGAGGAAGACUGGAAACUGUUCAUCGCCGAUAUGGGUCUUGGCGCAACGGUGUGGAAGAAGGCCGGCACGAAAAUCCGGAGAGGCAUCGAUUUUGACGACAAAUGGGUUCUGCAGAUGCGGUAUCAACCGGCGCUCUCCCAGGACUAG